AUGGCUCCUGUGUUAUUGUAUCAUGCUACCCCCAGCAAAUUUGUGGACGAUAUCAAAGCAGGCAUUAAACUUGACCGUGCCAAACCGAGAACGGAUUUCCGUCGCGAAAGCCAAGCCUUUUACCUCACAGACAAUGAGCACAUUGCGAAGACUGUCAUGACUGAGGAAGUUCGUGGCUUUGAAGAUCACCCAACAUCAGUCAUGACAUUCUCCCUGGAACUGGAAGGCUUGAAAGUCAAGAAGUUUAGCAAUGCGCUGUCGGGGGAGGCCCUCAAUGAAUGGCGUGAGCAUGUCGCAUAUUGCAGAUUAUAUCAGAAGAAGGGUGUCCCUCUCCCCCAUCCUCCUCCCACUGUCACGGAAAACUACGACGUCAUCAUCGGGUGGAUGAGCACUAUAAAGGGUGGUCAACAUGAGCCUGUUGAUAGUCAUGUCUGGCAGUAUGCUAUUCUUACCGAGCACGCGUUGUCGAAAUUGAAGUUUGUAAAGGUAGAAUAG